AUGAGAGUGGCCCCCCUGGCCCUCAGACUGAUGUGCUUGGCCUGGUUGUGGCCUCUCACCCAGCUCAACAGCAGCCACUUCCCGAACAAGAGGAGACACAAGGAUAUGUAUGUCGGAGAGAACACCAAACAAAAGCAAGGCGGACGGGUGGAUCUUAAGAUGAAAAAGCUGGACAGCACCAAGUCCCUGCUAAUUAAAUCUGAGCAGCUGCUUCGGAUUGAAGACCAUGACUUUGCCAUGCGGCCUGGCUUUGGAGGUUCAGCUAUUCCGGUUGGGAUUGACGUCCAGGUGGAGAGCAUUGACAGCAUAUCUGAAGUAAACAUGGACUUCACCAUGACUUUGUACCUGAGGCAUUACUGGCAGGAUGAUCGCCUGGCCUUCCCCUCCAGCAACAACAAGAGUCGUACCUUUGAUGCACGACUUGUGAAGAAAAUUUGGGUUCCUGAUGUGUUCUUUGUCCACUCUAAACGCUCUUUUAUCCAUGAUACAACCAUGGAGAACAUCAUGCUGAGGGUUUAUCCUGACGGCAACAUCCUCUACAGUGUCAGGAUCACUGUGACUGCACUUUGCUCAAUGGACUUCAGUAGUUUCCCUCUGGACACACAGAAUUGCUCUCUGGAGCUGGAGAGCUAUGCUUACAAUGAGAACGACCUCAUGCUCUACUGGAAGAACGGGAACGAUUCAUUAAGGACUGACGAGAUCGUGCUCUCUCAGUUUUUUAUUGAAGACUUCCAGCCUUCCUUUGGGCUUGCCUUCUACAGCAGUACUGGUUGGUACAAUCGGCUCUACAUAAACUUCAUUCUCAGGAGGCAUAUCUUCUUCUUCAUGCUACAGACGUACUUUCCCACCAUGCUGAUGGUGAUGCUUUCCUGGGUGUCUUUCUGGAUAGACAGGAGGGCCGUACCUGCUCGUGUUUCUCUGGGCAUCACCACGGUUCUGACAAUGUCCACCAUCAUCACUGGUGUCUCAGCCUCUAUGCCACAGGUGUCUUACGUCAAAGCUGUAGACAUAUACUUGUGGGCAAGCUUCUUGUUUGUCUUCCUGUCUGUCAUUGAGUACGCUGCGGUCAACUAUUUCACCACAGUGGAGGAGAUGAAGAAGGUCAAAGGGGCAAAGAUGCCCACCUUCAACGCCACCCAGGCUAUGGUCUUUGAUGGCUGUUUCCAUGACAAUGAAAUUGACCUGACUUCUUUCCCAGAGGUCUCCAGCACCCCGAAUACAGAGAGGAACACCCAGUCACGAAACUCUACUGUCUCUGCACCGACAGAAGGCACCAGGCUACGCCGCAAGAACCCUUUAAAACAAAACCUGAGCUUCAUAAUGAGCAACAGUUACAUGAUCGACUCUUACUCCAGAGUCAUAUUUCCCCUGGCUUACCUGCUCUUUAACAUCAUUUACUGGAGUAUGUAUGCAUAG